GAAACUGAAGGUAACGCGCUAUCACUGGAAAACGAUACAGAAAUGCCGGAAACUGACGACAGGCUCCCUCCGCCAGAGUGGCUGGACGAGAAGCUGGUGGCGCAGGCACUCAGGAGAGCUGAGCAGGACGAGGACCUGGAAGUGGAGGCGCUGGACGUGGGGUACGCCUGCGGCCGCGGCGUCAACUUCCUCAGCGAGAUGCUGCGCGUGACCGCGAGCGUGAAGAGGUGCGCGGGGGAGGCGCGGGCGCAGCGGCGGUCGCUGCUGGCCAAGUGCCUGCUGCGCGCGGGCCCGCUGCGCCGGGCGGUGCAGGAGGCGGGCAUCUUCCUGAGGGAGACGCUGGUCUACACGGUGGUGCUGCCCGCCGCGGAGGCGGCGCUCCGGGCCGCGGAGGGCGACAGGUGGAAGCCGCUGGCCGCCCGCUGCUACCACAGCGGCUCGCGGCCCACGGACUUCCUGCUGCUGGAGGACCUGGCCGAGGCGGGCUUCGCCAUGUCGGCCCGCGGCCGGCUGCUGGACAGGCAGCACUGCUCGCUCGUCCUCCAGACCGUGGCGCGCCUGCACGCCGCCUCCGUGCUGCUGGCAGACCACGAGGCGCUCGCCGCCGAAAGCUUCUCGCAGCACCCCAUGUUCACGAAAUACGGCAGAGAUCAUUUCUCGGCUGUCACCGAUAGGCUGUAUUCCGCGCUGGCAGACGUUCUAGGGACGAUUGCCGGAUGCGAGAAGUACGCGCUGAUGUAUCGUCAUACCAAAUCGACCGUAUUUGAUAAGCUCCAGGGUGUCUUCGACAGCUGCCGGCCUCAGCUGAAAGUUUUGGCGCACGGUGAUUUGUGGAAGAACAACAUCAUGUUCCGAUACGUGGACGAUCGCCCUGUCGACGUGAGAUUAGUAGAUUUCCAGAACUGCUACUGGUCCUCGCCUGCUGCGGACCUGCAGCACUUCCUGGGCAGCAGCGCCAGCCUGGAGGUGCACCAGCAGCACGUGGAGGGCCUGGUGUCGGAGUAUCACGCCGUGCUGCAGGGCACCCUGCGCGCCCUGCGGCUGCACCGGCAAGCGGACGCCUACCCCCUGCACCAGCUGCGCCUGGACAUGGACCACUUCGCCGCACACGCACUCUGCAUGGCGUCAGUGAUGCCACCCAUGAUUCUCGCGCCCGAAUCCCUGGGCAAGGACGCCGAGGAAGCCCUCAACAACAGCCAACGUGACGAUACAUAUUUCAGACAAACCGUAGCCAACCCUGAAUUCAUCUCACGCAUCAAGUACGUCCUGCCAGCAUACGAAAAGGUUGGUGCGAUGUAGCAGGAAAAACUCGUUUCUGAUAAACAAAGACCCUCCUUCCUUUCUUCUGGAAGGAGUCACACACUGUUCAGGCAGACUGUGAAUGCUCUUCAGUACCGUUUAGGCACCCUUGGAGUCAAACUUUACGUGGACUCAUGAUUAGCACUGCAAUCUUACGUGCAAGUAUUCCUGUUUAUCAAAGAGUAUUUAUACUCUCACUGAAUGAAGUGGUUCUCCGACACGCAGAACUGUAACAGCUAAAUUUAUUAUGUAAUGCUGCUUAUUAAAAUGUAAUUUGCUAAGAUGUAACUUUUAUAAAAUGCGCUGAAACGAAGUGUAUGGAUCCAUGGAUUUGAGAUCAAUAAAGAUACAAUGACUCGGAACUAUAUCGAUAAAACGGUUCAGAUAUACCAAACUUGCAACGUACUGUACAUUAUCGACAAUUUAUAAUUUGUGUCAGACCACGAUUCGAAAGCGGAUCCCAAUAUACCCGGAGCACGCAUUAACCACAGGGGAAGCGUUUUUAUUGGUGUUUUAGUCGUGUGUGAUGAAAAGUAAGGGUGAAACAAAAAAUAAAAUUAUUUUCAGUAUUUUCAUAACAAGCAUUUGUUUCU